UUUGGGUCUCAAAUUUUCUAAAUCUCAAUUUUUCUCACAUACUCCUUUAACUUCUGCUAGCGCUGGCUUGACCUCUAUUUCCUAUAUUAUUUUACUAGACUCAUUUUUAAUUGUGCAUUCAACUUAUCCACUCUUUUCGCUUGCGAAAGAUGACCUUCUUCCUAAUUUCAGGCAGCAUUUCUUUUUUUAUUUCAAAUUCUUCUUUUGAAAUCAUUUAGCCUGAAUGGGAAAUAUUCUGUUCAAAUGAGGUGCGCGUUCUACAACAUGUUUAAAAUCCUGGGAAAAUUCUAAAAUUCUUACUGUUAUUCACUAAAUUUUUGGCUUCUUUAGGCCAUCUUCACUUUAGUUGACAUUUUUUUCAAGGAAUUUGAAUAACUCAUUAAACGUUAGAUGACUAAAUUUAUUAUUGCUUCUUGCUUUUAUUUACUUUCAUUAUUGAAUAAUAAAUGUGAUGGGAGGAAAGUUAGUAUUGAGGUAAAAAUCAAAGAUGAUUGGGAAGAAAAAAGAGAAUUUAUUUAUUUAAAAAAUGUUGAAUUAGAAGAGCGUUUUGUAUUGGAAAAAAUUGAAAAACAUAAUAAUCAGUAUGACACUAGUUAUAAUUAUAAUAUUGAGGGAUUUUUGCGUCGAAUUGAUGUAAGCGAAGAAAAGAAUAUGUUCGUUGUUGAAAUAGAUUAUGGAUCAGAAUAUGCUGAACAAUUAAAACUGAAACUUUUGAUUAAUAUUGCCAAGAAUAAUAUUAUCCAAAAUAUUCACCCUGGAAUUGAAAAAAAGGUAUUUUCGGUUGAUUACUACAAACUAAAUUCAAUUAAGCAUAAAAAAUAUAAGUUAGGUACUUUUCCUAAAUUUUAG